GAUGCCGAGGACCUGUUGGCACGCACACAUCCCUAAUUUAGCUGCGGGCGAUUGCAGCCCUGGUUUUCUAGGUUUCUAUUUUGGUCGUGCGCUGUGUUUUAUUUAUGUUUGCCAUGGGAAAAGAGAGUUGCUAAAAGUGCCUAAAUAAGUGCACCUGGUUCACGAAAGGGCACUCCACGCGGUUAACGCCAGCAACACGGAAUCGGCACUAGAGUAAACAAGUAUUUCGAAAAAUAAGUGAGCGCAGUUCAGAUCGCGUCCGCCUAGAAAAGAAACCAGAAAAUCGGGCAAUAAAUAGUAAAAAGUGUGCUGCUUUUAACCUUAACUAUAUAACUAAUUGUGUAUAUUAUAAUAAGGGCGAAUAAGUCGUGCAACCAACGAAAUUGGGAAAAUUCCACUAUUAGUCACUAUUCUAUUUUUGCUCAACGAACGACAGGCAGCAACAAAUGUUUGUUAAAACGAAACGCAGCUGAAGUUAAAUCACUCUAGUGCGGACUCGGAUCAGCCCUGAACAAUCCGACAAUGGAUCAGCCACUGGUUGUGCAGGCGGAGUACUCCUUCAUGGGCAGCAACAACGACGAGUUGUGCUUCCAGAAGGGCGAUGUCAUCACGGUAACCCAGCGAGAGGAUGGUGGCUGGUGGGAGGGAACGCUGAACGAUAAGACUGGCUGGUUUCCCAGCAACUACGUCAAUGAGUGCAAGGUGCAGCUGCCUCUGACGGAGACCAUAAGGCCGCCGGAGGAGAUCCAGGAGUAUCGGUCUGUGGUGCUCAAGGAUCUGCUUGACUCGGAGCGAGCCCAUGUGGCCGAGCUGCAGGGUCUGCUCGAGAAUUUCCUGGAGCCCAUGCAACAGACGCAGAUACUCAGUCAGGAUGAGUACGCCCAGCUGAUGUGUAACUUCGUGGAAAUUGUCCGAACGCAUGAGGAUUUGCUCAUCCAGAUCGAGGAGUGCAACGAUCGAGUGGGAAAACUAUUUCUCACCAGCGCCCCCUUGAUGAAGAAAGUCCACCAGGCCUACUGUGCUGCCCAUCCGAAGGCCAUAGUCAUACUGGAUAAGUACAAGGACGAUCUGGAAAAGUAUAUGGAACGACAGGGUGCAGCCACUCCUGGUUUACUUGUGCUCACGACAGGGCUAUCAAAGCCCUUUCGGCGACUGGACAAAUACUCGGCCAUGCUGCAGGAGCUGGAGCGACAUAUGGAGAGCAGUCAUCCGGACCGCGGCGACACCCAGCGCAGUGUGGCCGUGUACAAAGACAUAGCUGCCACCUGCUCGGCCACCCGUCGCCAGAAAGAGCUGGAGCUGCAAGUGCUCACGGGGCCAGUGCGUGGAUGGCAGGGCCAAGAGUUGAGCACCCUUGGAGACAUCAUCCACAUGGGCAGUGUAGCAGUUGGAGCUGAUCAUCGCGACCGCUACUUUGUGCUCUUCCCACAAACAUUGCUUUUCCUUAGCGUUAGUCAGCGGAUGAGUGCAUUCAUAUAUGAGGGCAAGCUACCCUUAACUGGGAUCAUAGUGAAUCGACUGGAGGACACGGAUGCCCUCAAGAACGCAUUUGAGAUAAACAGUCCCCUGAUUGAUCGCAUUGUAGCAGUUUGCCAGGGUCCGAAUGAGGCCAACAAGUGGGUGGAGCUGCUUAGUGCCAACAAUCCCAGCUUGCCCAUGGGCAUCAAACGGCAAUUGGGCAACUUGAGCAACUCUUCGCUAGGACACCUAAAUGCCGCUCAUAUGUCGCCGCCAUCAAGCCACAUCCUCCUACCAGCCGGCGGCCGUCCGCCAGCCACACCCAGCAGCAUCCCGCCCGGCAGCAGCAGCGGAGGGAGCAACAGCCACCAGGGCUCGCCGGCCACCAACUCGAUGUCGCAUCACAAACGGAGCCAGUCGUUCAACCACCACCUCAGCUACAAUCAGUACACGCCCACUCAGCCUCCACCACAUCAUCUGCAUCCACCACAACCACCAAGUCUGCCAAGUCAUCUGGGGGCAGCCGGCCCCAGAUCAAGUUCAGCCCAGACACCAAACAGCAAGACAGUAGCUCCAAUCCAGGCGUCAUCCAUGGACGCCAGUCCAGCAAUUCAGGCAGCGGCAGCAGCAGCGGCGGCAGCGGUGGGAAUGGGGGUGCCAAGCGCAAGGAAAGGAAGCACAAAGGCUAACUGGACCAUCAGCUGCCUGCGACCCACGCCGCCGUUGCGCCCCAGUUUGUUGAAUGCCACCAGCGGAUCGGGAAGUGGCAGCGGUGGCGGCGGCGGUGGAGGCGGCAGCAGCUCCAGCAAUGCCCUGGCCAGCUACUGCAGCGGUAGGAAGAACCAGCCCACCUACGAGGAGGACGCUCUGGUGCUUCGGGUGUUCGAGGCCUACUGUGCCGCCUACCAGAACAAUGCCAGGAACACCAUCCACUCGGCCUUGCAACCCUGGACUCCGUGUCUGCCCAUCCGCGGUGGCAAGCUGAAAACGAGCAAAACCUUCUCGACCUCCAAUCCACAGCUGCCUUUCAUAGCCCAUGUCGGCAACUCAGCCUACCUCAAUCAGCAGCACCACCAGCAGCAGCAGCAUCUGCAGCAGCAGCACCUGCAGCAGCAACAUCAUGCCCAGCAGCAACCAGGUCGUCAGCACUCCGCCGGCAGUUUGAACUCCUCCUUUAUUUGGCGCGAGGCCAGUCCCAACAACUUUAACCUGUACUCCAGUUCGGUGUCUUCCUCGCUGAAUGCGACACCUGCUCAACGAUACUCCUUAUCCGGAGCUGCAGGAGGAUCGCCCUCCAUCAAGGACUACCAGAGAGCCCUAUCCGAGGAGAGGGCUACCAGGAAAUCCCUGAAUCGCCUUAAAAGUGGGUUUGGUUCUGGCUACGACAAUGUGUGCACGUCACCGCUGCUGCCGAGGAAAAACAAGCCAGCACCCAAGCUGGUGGCCCAGCAGUCGUAUCAGAGAUCGCCGGGAAACGCCACAGCCACCACUAUAGUGAAGCCGAAUACGUCUGGACACCCAGGACUCUACGAUCGCCGGCUGAACCGCUCCUUUGAGACCUCCACUUCGCACCGCUAUGCCGGCUACGGAGCGGGCUAUUUGAUGAACUGCGGCGGAGCCUUGCGGACCAGCACGCUCCAGAGGAGCACUCCCCAACUGGCCGGUGGAGAAAGAUCCGAUGACAGCGAUGUGGAGCGGGAACUGCUGCGGGGCAAUGGAGCUGGGCCCACGGCGAACUUGGAACUUAAUGUCGAUGGCAGCAAACGGCAGUCGGGCAGCUGGUGUUGCGGCCUUGAAAACGAGGACAUGACCCCCACCUUGCGCCAACUGUGGACCGCCAUUCGCCAGAUGCAGCAGGACAUGUCCCAGAUCAAGCUGCAGAUCAACGAGGAGCGGGCCCUGCGAGCCGAUCUCCAGCAGCUGCUCAUGCAGCACUUGGAGACCAGCAGCGUGAGCAGCGGGGCCAACACCCCCAAGUGUUGACUAUGCAAGUGACCGGGAGGGGGAUUCCGUUCUGGAGAGGAUCCCUGAUCGAUACAUCGAAACAAUACCCGCCGCUGCUUUUAGCUUUAAUUCACUUUUAGACACUUUUACUUUGCAUCUUCGGGGCCAGUGGGUCAGUUACCAAAAAAUUAACUACAUAUGGACUUUGUAAUCGUAUAUGGAUUGUAUUUACCGAGCACUAUUUAUGUGUAUGUAUAUUUGUGAGUGGACAAUAUGCCAAUUGUAUGUAAUAUUACCAAGCAUCUGCUUCUAUCUUUUAUCCAUCUAUCUACCCAUCUAUCUAUCUAUCGUGCGGUCUAUCAAAGAGGUUUCGGUAUGUCUGAAAAAUGUAAAGCCCAAGUGUUGGUGGCAACAAUCAAAAUAUGAAUGAAAAUUAUUUUUUGAUCCCCGCAAAAAUACCUCACAUAUUUGAUUGAUCGCAUGCGUAAUUUCUUUAAUUUCGCACAACUUCAGCGAUCAUCUGCUUAUAACCCCUUAUCUCGUUAAAUGCCUAGAUUUAACCUUCAUUGUAAAAGCCUAGACAACAUGCGUAUUUUACUGGCAUAGAUUAUACACACUUUAGUUUAAAACUUAUUUAACGAGGUUGCCGCCGUGCAACUUUUCAGAGCUGCUUGUGUAAGUUAUAGACCCAGUUUUGAUCUUUGUUUGGAUGAGGACUUCAAAUGGAUUAUGCUAAAUUUUUAAAAAUGUGCCAAUACUUUAGUAAGCUGCAACAAAGUACGAAAAACCGCUCAAAAUGUUGUAUUUACUGAUUAUACGUAGAACAUUUAUUGAAUAAUAUACACGCUCAGAAAAUGUAAACGAA